GACACAGAAGGAAAUACCAUAAUGCUAAGGGAACAGAACUGUGCACCUUGGACACUCUAGGAUACUUCAACCUCAUUAAGUGACAAUCAAAGUUCUGUUUUUGCAAACGUGUUUUGAGCAGAGAUGUAACAGGUGGCUGUGCCCAGAGAUCCACCAUUGCCAAUUCUAGUUCAGACUGGUGAUGAACUUGCUGUAAUGUCUGUGCUGAAGGCUGAAGGGGAGAGCUGGGUUUCACAGCGUGGCACGUCCGGCCAACCUCCCUGGCUUAGAGGCAGAGCAUAGGCAGAAUGACGGUACGGAUUUCUUUUUACUAACUUAAGCUUUUUGGGGGGGAAUAUGUAAAUUAGUUCUCUAUUGUUUCCGCUCCUAGAUCCAAGUCUGCCUUGAUCUAGCCUUCCCAAACCCGCGUUAAGGUCCGAUGGCAGCAGCACAACCUGGCGAACACCAGGCCGCUCUCAGGGCUCGGCGGCUCCCGGCUCCCGGCGGCAGCGGGGCUUCCGGCGACGCCCGCUCCCGGCCGGUGCAGCAGCCGGUGCCGGGCUGCCCGGGGCUCCGGAGGGCGCUGCCGCGGCUUGCGAGUGUGUGCGGGACGUGCCGGGCGGCCCCGCACCACAUGGCCGCCCCCGCCGCCAGCCCCGGCCCGGCGCGGCCGCGGCCCCGCCGUGCCCCCGGGGCGGCCAAUGGGCGGCCAAUGGGCGGGGCGGGGCUGCGGGCCCGGCGCUCGCAGCCGGACGGGGCGGCGGGUACGGACCGACCCGCGCCUCCGGCCCCGACAGCCCCGCGCCAGCAAAGGGAAGCGAUGCUGAUGCUGGACUGCAAUUCAGAGACUGGUAGUUUCAGCAACCUAUUUGAGAUAGGAACCGGUGUGAAUGCACCUGCAGAUGCCUCUGGUCAGUCUCCAGCUCACUUAGCUGCUUGUGGUGGUGAAGCUUUUUUUCUACUUUGGCAACUGCAAACAGGAGCAAAUUUGAACCAACAGGAUUGCCUUGGAGAAGCCCCGAUACAUAAAGCAGCAAAAGUUGGAAGUUUGGAAUGUCUUGCUCUCCUUGUUGCUGGUGAUGCUAAAAUUGACUUGUGCAACAACAGUGGACAAACAGCAGCAGACCUUGCAGUGGAUUAUGGCUUUCUGGAAUGUGCCAAGUUCCUCAGGACAAUUCAGCACACUCAGACAAUAAAACUGAGAGGACAGUCUGGAUACUUGCUAAGUGACAGACAUGGCUUGCGGAGAGAGGAUCCAACUGCACAGAAACAAGAAAGUGAAACCAGCAGAUCCAUAAACAGGAAGAGGAGAAGAUCAGAUGAUCUUGUCUCCUAGCUGCCAGAAGAAACAGUAAUGCCAACAUGAAAUAUGGGGAAUCCGAAGUCUGAAGAACCAUGACUGGAUGAAACACUGAGCAGUUAGAUGUGUGUGCUGGGACAUUGUCUCCUU